AAAAAAAAAUUCAUAAUAAAAACAAUCAAAUGUCCGCCGUCACGAUCGAAAGAAAUCGAUUUUGCACGUGGUUGUCUCCGCACCACCGGCCAACCUGCCAUCAGAGCUACCCGAUGGGACUUUCAAAUCACACUCAAUCUAGGGCUUAAAUCUCCACGCAUUUUCUGUAAUGGGAACCAUGUAAGUAGGAAUGUAUCUACACAUCAGGGCCAAAUUUGUUAAAGAUCCAUAUUUGAGGUACCUUUCAGAGUAUGUGGUUUGACUAUAUUAACAUAGAUGUUGCUGGAUUUAGAACUAAACUACAAGGCUUAAAUAUUGACAUUGAUGGAAUGAGUGAUUUUGUUUGGUAUAAUCACCCAAGGAAGAAACUUGAAAAUGGACUUGUUUUAAUAGUGUCUAAUGAAUCGGUUAAUGACAUGUUCCAACUACUUUUUGAACAUGGAUAUAUAAAUGUCUAUAUGGAGCAUGAGGUAGAGGUAUUAAAACAAUUAGGCAAAUCUGGGCCCCACAAUGGUAGUGGGGCAUCUUCAGUAAAUGUUGUUGUGGGGGCUUCUGAGGUGGUGGGAGGUUAUGUUGUAAAUUUGCAUAGAUCAGAGCCUUUUUUAAAUGAUGAAGAAGUCCUUGGUUGUCUCACUCAAGAUAGGCUCAUAUCAGGAGAACAAGCCAUUACUACUGUAAGAGAACAAACCAAUACUAUAGCAGCAAGCUUAAGUCGAACAGUGCAGGAGGCAAGACUUAGUGAUGACAAUCUUAGCUUUGUCACUACUAGUGAUGAUAGUGAGGUUGAUGAAGCUAGAAGGAGGAGGUCACAACACAAGAUCUUUGAUGACACUUUCCUCAUUCCAGAAUUUGAAAUUGGUAUGCAUGAAGAACUACAUCUUGAGAUUACUAUUAGUCAAGCUCGGAGAGCAAAGCAGCUCAUUAUUAAGGAGUUUCAAGGUGAUUGCAAGAAGGAAUAUAGUAAGUUAUUUGAUUAUAGACGAGAAAUAUUGACAAGAAAUCAAACAAGCACAGUUGAGAUUUAUGCAGAAAGGCCAACACCUGAUUCGAAUCCUGUUUUCAUAAGGUUUUAUGCAAAAGGCUGCUAUGUCUUUGUUGGAGAAUUUGGUCCAAAAAUUUGGGAGAAGAUUGAGGAGCAUAGGGCUGCAAUGUCUAGGUGUUAUAUGUUAUCUAGAGCCCUUGUGGAAUAUGAGAUCAAAGAAAGAAAUGACUCAUUUGUGGUCAAUGUGCAUGGCCAUACAUGCACUUGUAGGGUAUGGCAACUCAAUGGCAUUCCUUGUAAACAUGCCAUGCUUGCCAUCCAAAAUAGAGAGGAAAACUUCGAAGACUAUGUGCACCCUUACUACAGAAGACAAGCAUACAUUAACACAUACAAGCACUACAUAAUUCCUUUAGAUGAAAUGGAAAGAUGGGAAGAAACAGGCAUGCCUCCACUUGAUCCACCAGUGGAAAGGAAGACGACAGGCAAACCUAAAAAGAAAAAGCAUUUAGAAGAUUGGGAAAUUUCUAAUGGAUCUAACAUUAGCAGAAAGGGUAAGAUCAUGAGCUAUCAAGCUAAAGAGUCAUUAUCCACUCAAGCAAAUGUUGUGAAUAACAUUCCCAUAGUAGUUGAGAUGCCUAUUGGAGAUGCAAAAGUUGUUGGAGGUGUUGAAAUGCAACUUCAACUAGAAAAUCAACAAGUUGCUGGAGGUGUUCAACUGCAAAUGCAACCAAAAAAGGAACUACUUGUUACUGAUGAUCAAACUGGUAAUGUCAAUUCAAAUUUAAUGGGAAUUCAACAAGCCAAAAAAGGAAGGAAAAAAGAUGCCAACAAUUAUAUCCAGUGUCCACCUGAUCUACCACAAGAGUUCAUACGAAAAUGUCAACACAAAAGAAAGGCAAAACCCAUAAUUAAAGAACCAGUUGUUGAAUCUGGGAGUGGCACAAUUAAUAUUGAAGUCAAUGAAGGUACAAGUCAUGGUCAGCAAGUGCAUGUGCAUGGUAAGGGGAAAGCUGCCCAUGGCAACAAGGGGAAAGUCGUCCAAACCACCAAAAAGGCACAAAGGUUUGCAAGACUCAGGGCAAUGGAGCAACAUAGAUUGGAUGAAAUGGAGUUGGCAAAUUGGAGUGCUCUGAUUCAAGCUAUGGGUUCUAUUGAUGAUGGAAACAAUUGUCCUUAAAGUAUUUUAGGGUGUAUUUUGGUUGUUAUAACUAGUUACAAAAGUACCAGUCAAGCCAUAUUUCUGGAUUUUUGUGGAACUUAAUCAUAGGCAGGCAGCAUGUAUCAAGGCAGAAACUUGGCUUUUUUUUUUCUUUUUUUUUUUUUUUUACAGACUCUAUAUGUGAUGGGAAACUUCAUUCUUGUUUAUAUAAUAUCAAUAUAUCAGUUUAUGAUAU